GCUGUGACAGGGUAUAUAAGCCCGUUGCUGUUACCCCCGUUCAAUCAUCAGGCAGGAUUAGGCAAAAUGCAAGGGCUCACUCUGGUCGUCCUCGCGGUCGUUGCAGUGGUCGCUGUGCUCCCACUUGCAUCAUCGGAAACCGUAGCGUAUUCGUGUGGGACAUAUUCCACCCGCUACACAACCAGCUGUGGUUGGUUUGGAUGGAAACGGUGUACGAGAUACAGGUCAUCUACGAGAACCUGUUAUAAGAACCGUCCAGUAAACGGCGGAUGGACGGGCUAUGGCGCAUGGUCAGCAUACAGCACGUGCACUAAAUCAUGUGGCGGAGGAACCAUGACGAGAUCUCGCACGCGCUCGUGCACCAGCCCGAGACCAGCUUACGGUGGUGCCCAGUGCUCCGGCUCCAGCCGAGCUACCCAGACUACCAGCUGUAACACACAUAGCUGUCCAAUCCACGGAGCCUGGAGCAGCUAUGCCACCUGGACCCCCUACACCGCUUGUACAAAGACAUGUGGCGGAGGAACUCAGACCAAGGCUCGAUCCCGAACCUGUACCAGCCCUCGUCCCCAAUUUGGAGGCAGACAGUGUGUUGGAUCGUCCUCUGAAACGUCAAGCAGGAGCUGCAAUACACACAAUUGUCCUGUUGACGGCGGUUGGAGCAUCUACAGUAUGUGGUCACCCUACAGCGCGUGCUCAGUGAGUUGUGGAGGAGGCAGCCAAUCGCGAUCCAGAACAAGGUCAUGCACUAACCCCACCCCAGCUUAUGGCGGAAGUCAGUGCGCAGGGGAGGCAACUGAUACCUAUAGCAGGGACUGCAACACCCACCCAUGUCCAAUUGAUGGUGGAUGGAGUGACUACAGCGCGUGGACAGACUACAGCACGUGCACUGCUACAUGUGGAGGAGGAUCCCAGUUCAAGACCAGAGACAGGACGUGCACCGACCCCGCCCCUGCCCACGGAGGCCAGGAGUGUGUCGGAGAUGUCAGGGACAGAUCUGAGAGGGACUGUAACACUCAUCCCUGUCCAAUUGAUGGUGGAUGGAGUGACUACAGUGAGUGGACAGAAUACAGCACGUGCACUACCUCAUGUGGAGGAGGAUCCCAGUUCAAGACCAGAGACAGGACGUGCACCAACCCCGCCCCAGCCCACGGAGGCCAGGAGUGUGACGGAGAUGUCAGGGACAGAUCUGAGAGGGAAUGUAACACUCAUCCCUGUCCAAUUGACGGUGGCUGGACCGACUGGGAAGAGUGGCAGGACCUGGAUGAGUGCAGUGUCCUGUGUGGAGGAGGCAACAAGGAUCAGGACCGCUCCAGGACCUGUACCAACCCCACCCCGGCCUUCGGGGGAGCCGACUGUGACGGAGAGGGCUUCCAGAACAGGACCAUCAACUGCAACACCGAGGAGUGUGGAGAUCUUUGUCCAGAAGAUGAGGCCACCUACCACGCCCACGCCACCAAUGAGAGGCGCUUCUUCCAGUGCAGCAAUGGCGUUGCCCAUCGCCAUCAGUGUGCAGAGGGUACCGUGUUUGACUCCGCCAUCUCCGCCUGCAAACAUGCUGCCACCACUGCAGCUCCCACGACGGCGGAGUCCUGUCCCAGCACCGGUGUCGUCAUGAUCGCCAACGAGAGUGAUUGUACCAAGUUCUACAUGUGUUCCAAUGGUAUCAAGUACCCGAUGGCCUGUCCAGCCACCACCCGGUUCGAUGUCAGCUUGAAGGUCUGCACCCAUGGAACAUGUUUCAGAGCGAGAGAGUCCUACCGCUGCUCAAGGUCUUCUCGAUACACAACAAAAUGUGGGUGGUUAAGUUGGGGACGCUGUACAAGAUACAGACAGACAUGGUCGACAUGCUACAAGACAGUGUGGAACGGUGGAUGGACGAGUUACGGACCAUGGAUUUCGGAGAGCAACUGCACGCACACAUGUGGAGGAGGAACAAUGAGGAGAUAUCGCACACGUUUGUGCACCAACCCGAGUCCUGCUAACGGCGGUGCCCAGUGCUCUGGCUCCAGCAGAGAUACCCAGACGAUCAGCUGUAAUACACACGGUUGUAUAGUUAACGGUAACUGGACGGACUGGGAAGAGUGGCAGGACCUGGAUGAGUGCAGUGUCCUGUGUGGAGGAGGCAACAAGGACCAGGACCGCACCAGGAACUGUACCAACCCCACCCCGGCCUUCGGGGGAGCCGACUGUGAAGGAGAGAGCUUCCAGAACAGGACCAUCAACUGCAACACAGUGGCGUGUGGAGAUCGUUGUCCAGAAGGUGAGAACACUUUCCUUGCCCACGACACCAAUAAGAGACGCUUCUACCAGUGCAGCAAUGGCGUGGCCUAUCGCCAUCAGUGUGCAGAAGGUACCGUGUAUGACUCCACUAUCUCUGCCUGCAAACAUGCUGCCACCACUGCAGCUCCCCAGACGGCGGAGUCCUGUCCCAGCACUGGUGUCGUCAUGAUCGCCCACGAGAGUGACUGUACCAAGUUCUACAUGUGCUUCAACAACAUCAAGUACCCCAUGGCCUGUCCGGCCACCACUCGGUACGAUGUCAAACUGAAGGUCUGCAUCCACAACACUGGCGGAUGUUAGAUACAGAAAUGAAAAAAUCAUGUAUACAGCAUCUUCAGAAUAUAUUAAUAAUAAGCAUA